AAAUGGCGGCCAUUUAAAUGUGCUCCACUGUUGUCCGUGAGGGCGGCAGUUGUAGUGGCAAUUAAGGUGUCAAUUUUCUUCACCCUCCUGGAGUUAUUUAUCGGGGGAAUAAACCUGCUUACAGCUAACUCCCUGGUUUUCUGCCACCUGCUAGACGACUUCAGACACCGAUUCAACCCUGCAGCUUUCCUGUUCUUUCUGGCACAAGCGUGGAGCUACUGAAUGUACACAUAAAGGAUUAAGUCACUGCUGAGUUGUCGACCUUCGUCUCCCCAAGGUGGUGGUGAUGUGGCAAGAAAAGCAGCAACACGCCAGCAGAAGGCAGGGAAGGAGAGGACUGCAAACCAGCAAACCUGGAUACGUUUGUGUUGCACCCAGCAGAGGAUGCAGCUGGUUGUCAUGGCAGCAGUGCUGGCAGUGGCGGGGGCGGGGCAGGGCUGCAGCUUCGGCUGUCAUCUAACCAACAUCAGUAUCCCUGUGGAGAGCUGUGGCGGCACCGAGUUCGUUUACACCACCAUAUGCGCAGGACAGUGCUACCACGAGGAUCCGGUCUACAUCGGCCAUGAUGAUUGGGCUGAACAGAGGGUCUGUAACGGGGACUGGUCCUAUGAGGUGACACACAUUAAAGGAUGUCCAGUGGGUGUCACCUACCCAGUGGCCAGAAACUGCGAGUGUACUGUAUGUAAUGCAGGAAACACGUACUGCGGGCGGUUUCCGGGAGACAUAUCCACCUGUCUGUCCUCUUAAAGAACCCAUCGUCCAUCCUUACCUUUACUCGUGACUUGUUGUCACUCCUCUUGAGUCUGAAAUAAAAAGGCAUCACUUA